CUCGCAGAGUUGGGAGAAGGAAGGCUGGGGGGGUGUGGAAAAAUAAAAGGAAAAGUCCUUGCACCAUGUAGACCAGCGCCCCCCACCCUGGCGCCCCCGCCGGCCGGGGACCCCCCCAGUGUGCGGCCAUGAACGCGAGCGGCGAGGCCGAGAGCUUCCCGGGCUCCGUGCAAAUUCCAGGUGGCACAACGGUGCUGGUGGAGCUGACUCCUGACAUCCACAUCUGUGGCAUCUGCAAGCAGCAGUUUAACAACCUGGACGCCUUCGUCGCUCACAAGCAAAGUGGCUGCCAGCUCACCGGCACAUCCGGGGCGGCCCCCAGCACGGUCCAGUUUGUAUCGGAGGAGACGGUGCCUGCCACCCAGCCCCAGAGCACCACCAGAACCAUCACCUCAGAGACCCAGACGAUCACAGUUUCAGCUCCAGAAUUUGUUUUUGAACAUGGCUAUCAAACUUAUCUGCCCACGGAAAGCAAUGAAAACCAGACGGCCACUGUCAUCUCUCUCCCUGCCAAGUCACGUGCCAAAAAGCCCACGGCCCCACCUGCUCAGAAAAGGCUUAACUGUUGCUAUCCAGGUUGCCAGUUCAAGACUGCCUAUGGCAUGAAGGACAUGGAGCGUCAUUUAAAAAUUCACACAGGAGACAAACCCCACAAGUGUGAAGUCUGUGGCAAGUGCUUUAGCCGGAAGGACAAGCUGAAGACCCACAUGCGGUGCCACACGGGCGUGAAGCCCUACAAGUGUAAGACCUGCGACUACGCGGCUGCCGACAGCAGCAGCCUCAACAAGCACCUGCGGAUACACUCUGACGAGCGGCCCUUCAAGUGCCAGAUCUGCCCCUACGCCAGCCGCAACUCCAGCCAGCUCACCGUCCACCUCCGAUCCCACACAGCUUCAGAACUAGAUAAUGAUGUUCCAAAGCCACCUUGUCCCUCCGCUGAUGGCAGUGACACCCAGAAAGCCCCAGUCAUGACUCUUCCCUCAGAGACAAAGGAGCAAACGGCGACCCUUGGGGAAAGGACAUUCAACUGUUGCUAUCCAGGUUGCCACUUCAAAACUGUUCAUGGCAUGAAAGAUUUGGACCGCCACCUAAGAAUCCACACGGGAGACAAACCACACAAGUGUGAGUUCUGUGACAAGUGCUUCAGCCGGAAAGACAACCUGACCAUGCACAUGCGGUGCCACACCAGUGUGAAGCCCCACAAGUGUCACCUGUGCGACUACGCCGCGGUGGACAGCAGCAGUCUCAAGAAGCACCUGCGGAUACACUCCGACGAGCGGCCGUACAAAUGCCAGCUCUGUCCCUACGCUAGCCGCAACUCCAGCCAGCUCACCGUCCACCUCCGAUCCCACACAGGGGACACCCCCUUCCAGUGCUGGCUCUGUAGCGCCAAGUUCAAAAUCAGCUCAGACUUGAAAAGGCACAUGAUCGUGCACUCGGGGGAGAAACCUUUCAAGUGUGAGUUCUGUGACGUCCGCUGCACCAUGAAGGCGAACCUCAAGUCGCACAUCCGCAUCAAGCACACCUUCAAGUGCCUGCACUGCGCCUUCCAGGGCCGGGACCGCGCCGACCUCCUGGAGCACAGCCGGCUGCAUCAGGCCGACCACCCCGAGAAGUGCCCCGAGUGCAGCUACUCCUGCUCCAGCGCAGCCGCCCUGCGUGUGCACAGCAGGGUCCACUGCAAGGACCGCCCCUUCAAGUGCGACUUCUGCAGCUUCGACACGAAGCGGCCCAGCAGCCUGGCCAAGCACAUUGACAAGGUGCACAGGGACGAGGCCAAAACAGAGAACCGGGCCCCGCAGGGCAAGGAAGGGCCCCGAGACGGCAGCUCCCAGCACGUGGCCAAGAUCGUGACGCAGAGGGCCUUCCGCUGCGAGACCUGCGGUGCCUCCUUUGUCAGGGACGACUCGCUGAGAUGCCACAAGAAGCAGCACAGCGAGCAGAGUGAGAACAAGAACUCGGACUUGGUCACCUUCCCGCCCGAGAGCAGUGCCUCGGGGCAGCUCGGCACCCUGGUCUCCGUGGGGCAGCUGGAGGCGGCUCUGGAGCCCAGCCAGUGCCUCUAGCUCAGCCACAGAGGGUGCUCAGCUGUCCGGAGUCCAGACCAGUGCUGUUGCCCAGCCCUCCGAGGUGGGGCCAUCAAGCCAGACGUUAGUCACCAGCUCUGGAGAUGGCUGCUCCAACUUUACAGGUCUUCCAGAGGCAGUGGCUGCAGUCACCGUGGCUUGAGGACCAAUGCCAAGGCCACGUGAUGGAGACACGCUCCAUGUCGGUGGCUGCCCUCCAGGAGUCGUCUAAGCAGGUUGACUCGGUGGUUCCAAGGCCCGGGGGUCCAUUGAGCUUGCUGCUAUCCAACAGAGAUAGCUUCUUCACGAUGGAUUCCAAUUCUAAGACUGAUUCGUCUCUGGAAUUAUUAAACUGUUCAGACCACAUGAAAAACUAAAACUGAUCUGUAUAGUGGGAAAGGUGAGGGUGAGGACUGAGUACGUGGAGGGUCGGCCGUAGCUGGAAAUAUUCUGUUUCUUAACCCAGGUGGUGGUUAUAAGAGUGUUCGCCUUAUACAUUUUUGUGGGGUUCCUUUUAUCUGUUGUCUUAGAAUAAAAAGGCAAACUCAUGUGCAGAAUGGUGUAAGAGGAACAGUCCAUUCUUCCAGAGGCAGGUUGUGGUGUGGGGUUCUCCAUCCCCCACAUUCAGUAAUUGAAUUAUAAACGCACAGAGAAUCUCCCGAUGGUCUUAGUGCCGCAGUGGAGUGAAAUGCGCUUUGAUCUGUAGGUGGCACCAAAGAUCAAGCCAACGCCAGCUCAGCCUGGCAUUGUGCAUUGUGGAAUUCAAAAUUGGUGUACUUCUAUUCAUAAAGAAGAGACUAGGGAUCCACUGGGCCCUGGGCUUGGUUCUGGGACACGUGGUGCAUGGGACAGCCUGACACUGGCGUCUUUCAUCGCAGUCAGCACUCAGUAUUUGCUGAACCAACAAGUGAAAAUCCACACCUCUCGUAAACAGACAUUUUACUUGACUGAAACUUAGGAGGCUGCAGAAUGCGGAGGGUGUAUAAUUUAUCCAAACUUGUUUUGUUUGUUCUACUUUGACAUUUUUUUCUUCAAAUACAGUCUUUGUUUAAUACAAAUUCUUGUGUGCCCUUAUCGAGC